GGUGCGUGGCGGCGGGGGGUGUCGGCGCCGGCGCGGCUAUGCCGUGCACCUGCGGGAACUGGCGGCGGUGGAUCCGGCCGCUGGUCGUGUUGCUGUACAUCGUGGGGCUGCUGGUGGUGGUGCCGCUCUGCGUCUGGGAGCUGCAGAAGCUGGAGGUUGGAAUUCAUACGAAGGCAUGGUUUAUCGCUGGGAUAUUUCUACUAAUGACUAUACCGAUAUCUCUCUGGGGAAUACUACAACAUUUGGUCCAUUAUACUCAACCUGAACUACAGAAACCAAUAAUAAGGAUUCUAUGGAUGGUGCCGAUUUACAGUUUAGACAGUUGGAUAGCAUUGAAAUACCCCAACAUUGCAAUAUAUGUGGAUACAUGUCGAGAAUGCUAUGAAGCUUAUGUCAUCUAUAAUUUUAUGGUUUUUCUUUCAAAUUAUCUAACCAACCGGUAUCCAAACCUCGUAUUAAUAAUAGAAGCAAAAGAUCAGCAGAGACAUUUGCCACCUCUAUGUUGUUGUCCAUCGUGGGCUAUGGGAGAAGUUUUAUUGUUUAGAUGUAAACUGGGUGUUUUGCAGUACACUGUUGUCAGACCAUUUACUACUAUUAUUGCUUUAAUUUGCGAACUAGUGGGAGUGUAUGAUGAAGGAAACUUCAGCUUCAACAAUGCUUGGACUUACUUGGUUAUACUUAACAACAUGUCACAACUAUUUGCUAUGUAUUGUCUGGUGCUGUUUUAUAAAGUACUACGUGAAGAACUGAACCCUAUCCAACCUGUUGGCAAGUUCCUUUGUGUGAAGAUGGUAGUUUUUGUUUCUUUCUGGCAAGCUGUCCUUAUUGCAUUGUUGGUGAAAGUUGGUGUUAUUUCUGAGAAACACACCUGGGAGUGGCAAAGUGUGGAAGCCGUGGCUACUGGCCUACAGGAUUUUAUAAUUUGUGUUGAGAUGUUCCUGGCUGCUAUUGCACAUCACUACAGUUUUUCCUAUAAACCGUAUGUUCAAGAAGCUGAAGAAGGGUCAUGCUUUGACUCUUUUCUUGCAAUGUGGGAUAUUUCUGAUUUAAGGGCAGAUAUAUCAGAACAGGUUCGAAAUGUUGGAAGGACGGUUUUGGGACAACCAAGGAAAAUGUUUUUUGCUGAGGAUCAUGAACAAAAUGAGCAUACAAGUUUAUUGUCUUCAUCUACCCAAGACCCAAUUUCUGAUGCUUCUUCAAUGCCGUCUUCACCCAUGGGUCAUUAUCAGGGGUUUGGACACACUGUGACACCUCUCACAACACCAACGACAGCCCCUGCGGUUGAUGGUAUUUAUAACACUUCUGCUGUUCGAGAUGCUGAGGAGUCACCUGAACUGGAGCACAAUGUAUCGGAGAAAGCUGUGGAUAAAAGUUAGGCUUGCCUUUUCUUUGAGUGUGUCAAAGAGUCUUGUUAUAUACUUGCCCCACAUAUUCUGUUAACAUGUACUAUUAGUCAUGAAAGUCACAAAGCUUGGGAAAGCUACUGCGCAGAGAGGAGGAGGAUAUGGCUGUAACUGACAUGUGAAUUCUGAAUCAAUAACGGAGGUGAGUAUGUGAGCAUCUGUGUACCCCAUGAGUAUAAAACACGCACACUUAAUAGAGGUUUCUGUGUAAACUUAAGAAUCAACUCCUUAAACUGACAAAAACUUCAUGUCAAAACUACACUGACCUCUAUUUAAAGUCAAAAGAAACAUUUGAAAAAAUACUCUGCUCUUCUAAAGAUGAAGUGCAAGUACUACUAGCAAGCGUUAAUUUCAAGAAUGUAAUUUAAGAGAGGACAGUAGCAAAUGUAUUAGCAUUGGUUGUCCUCUUCCUUGUUGAUGGUAACUUCCAUACCCCAAGGCUGAAUGGGUGGUGGAUGAAAUGGUACCUUUUGUACAGAUGCCAUCAUCUUCCCUGUCCUGUAUAGCUAAAUAAAACCCCUUCAUAAAGAUUAUUAUAGCACAUCAGUGAAGACUGUUUACAAAGAAAACAUUUCCUACAGGCCUUGCUAUAAAAUUCCACACCCAGAACAUAGGGUUGAUGUAUCUCUUGUCCUUGUAGCUUAUAAUUUGGAAGUCUUUUAUGUUCAGAAGAGGGAGCUAGGAUGAUAGGUUUAGAAAUUAAUACCUUACACCUGACUACUUUUUUCCUAACCUUCUGAAGUAACAAUGGUUACUACCUUAAAAUCCAUGGGCGGGGGGAAUAAAGGAUGUCAAAAAGGAAGUAGAAAACAAAACUGAUUUUUUAUUCUGCAAUAAAUUCAUUAAGUUUGUUUUAAGCUGCUAAAGCAGAAUAACUUGACAAUGUGUCUUUAGUAAUUUGCUUUCAUAAAUUUAUGUGUGUAAUGAUUGUAUUAUGCUUCUGGAUUCAAAUGUAAUAGUUUUUCACCCUACCCCGGAACAGACCUUUGCUAAGAUUAAACCAAGUUGCUAGUCUCUCAUACUGGAGUUACUAGCAUUAGAUGUCAGAUUGAGAAGUAGUAUACUUGUAUCAAAGUGUUAUUUUGCAAAAUAAAAUCACAGUGAUAUCAAUUUUAUCCCAUUACCAGAUUUUUACUACUCCUGCAUGUUUGCAAUUGGACAAAAAAAAAAUCCUAGAACAUUGACCUUUUAAGUGACAUCUGAAAUUUCUUUGUCAGCAUUGUUAGCAUUUACAGGAUAAAUGUUUAACUUCUGGCUGUCACAGUAAAUUCAUCUUAAGUGCUUUUUUUGCAGUACUAGUGUGAUGUAAAUACUGCGCCUUACUCACUAGGCUGCAUAUUUUAGAGUUGACUAAGUACUUGCUGUAUGUGAAGUUAGUGGAAAAGUGUAUAUCAUGAUUUUCAAGUUUCCAAGUCAUUGCCUUUUUGUUGUAAAUAAGCAAUUAAAGAUUUUAUUUAAACUGUUCACCUUCUUUUA